AGAAGCGCAGGUCCAGUGCGCGUGCGCAGAGGAUGUUGCUCGCACACAUACGACUUUGUCAGAAUUUAGCGCCGCUAACGUGCUACUUCCUGAGCUAACUCAGGGUUCACACGCGUGUUUUCAGUUUAGAAGCAACUGGAACCGUGAAAACUCAGCGUGUUACCAAACUCCCCCAUAACGGAAACCAAGGGGGGCAGAUAUCCAUCCCUCAAUUUCCCAGGGAUCCCUCAGCCUGCCCUGAUGAAGGCCGAGCAGGAUGGAGACAUCCACGAAGAGGACUCCCCUCAGGAUGAUGGAAUCGAGACGAACCAGUACAGCUCCAUCUCUCCUCCUGCCUCACCUGUGGCCCAGGAAGAGCUCUUCACCACGUACUUUGAAGACAAGGUGCCAAUUCCUGAGAGCGCCAACCAGGUCUUCAGUUUCCGUAAACUCUGGGCCUUUACUGGACCAGGGUUCUUGAUGAGUAUCGCUUACCUGGAUCCAGGGAACAUUGAGUCUGACCUGCAGUCUGGAGCUAAAGCCGGCUUCAAGCUUCUAUGGGUGCUGCUGUUAGCCACCAUUAUUGGGCUGCUGCUGCAGAGGUUAGCUGCACGCCUCGGGGUCGUAACAGGGAUGCACCUGGCUGAAGUCUGCAACCGCCAGUAUCCUACAGUUCCUCGUAUCCUCCUUUGGUUGAUGGUCGAAUUGGCCAUUAUUGGCUCAGACAUGCAGGAGGUCAUCGGCUGUGCCAUCGCUCUCAACCUCCUCUCUGUGGGCAGGAUCCCACUAUGGGCAGGAGUCCUCAUCACCAUCACAGACACAUUUGUCUUCCUCUUUCUUGACAAAUAUGGCCUGAGGAAACUGGAGGCUUUCUUUGGCUUUCUUAUCACUGUAAUGGCUAUUAGCUUUGGUUACGAGUAUGUUGUGGCAGGGCCAGACCAAGGGCAGCUGCUGAAGGGGAUGUUUGUACCGUACUGUGCCGGCUGUGGGCCUUUGCAGCUGGAGCAGGCUGUGGGAAUUGUAGGAGCCGUUAUCAUGCCCCACAACAUCUACCUGCACUCUGCGCUGGUCAAGUCUCGUGACAUUGACCGCAAGAACAAGAAGGAGGUCAAAGAAGCCAACAAGUAUUAUUUCAUUGAGUCAACGGUCGCUCUGUUCAUCUCUUUUCUCAUCAACGUCUUUGUCGUGGCGGUCUUUGCUGAAGCCUUCUAUGAUAAGACAAAUAUCCAAGUGCGUGAGCAGUGCAACGCUACCGGCAGUCCUCACGCAGAUCUCUUCCCAGCGAACAACGAAACCUUGGAGGUGGACAUCUACAAAGGGGGAGUGGUCCUGGGUUGUGUCUUUGGCCCUGCGGCUCUCUUCAUCUGGGCCAUAGGGAUCCUGGCAGCUGGACAGAGCUCCACUAUGACAGGCACUUACUCUGGGCAGUUUGUCAUGGAGGGUUUCCUGAACCUGCGAUGGUCCCGUUUUGCGCGGGUGCUGCUGACCCGCUCCAUUGCCAUCACGCCAACUCUGCUGGUAGCCAUUUUUCAGGACGUUCAGCAUCUGACAGGCAUGAAUGACUUUCUCAACGUGCUUCAAAGCAUGCAGCUUCCAUUUGCUUUGAUCCCAAUUCUGACUUUCACCAGUCUGACAUCCAUAAUGAACGACUUUGCAAAUGGAAUGGUGUGGAAGAUUUCCGGGGGCAUCGUCAUCCUGUUGGUCUGUGCAAUCAACAUGUACUUUGUGGUGGUUUAUGUGACAGCGCUGAACAGCGUGCUCCUCUACGUCAUCGCUUCUCUUCUCUCUGUAGCCUAUCUGUGCUUCGUAUGCUACCUGGUUUGGCACUGUCUGGUUGCUUUGGGGGUUUCCUGCCUGGACUUUAGCAGCAGGUUUCAAAUGGGAUUACCUCGUCACACAGACAUUUACCUACUAAACGACAUGGACUCUGACUCUGUGGGUGAGAGAUAGGACACAAUGUGGCUGGGUGGAUGUUUUUUAUUCUGGUGCCUGAAGAAAACGGACAGAUAUCCUGACUGAAGCGUGGGACCACUGGUGCUCGCCCAGUGGAAGUCCAUCCUCACCCGGUGCCUGACAUAAUUUUAAGUGCAAUUGUUGUGCGCCCAUAGAUGUCUAAUCCUGUUCACUUCAGUAACAGGUGUGUUCCAUCACACACGUCUCAGCGACAAUUGCAAAUGAUUUAAUAUCAUAGCUCCAAAAUGAGACAAAUCUCUAAAGAAUAUGUGGUUCCUGUGACUCUAAAGCCUUUAACAAGUUUUGGAUUAUACAAACUUGUUCCUCAACCUCCAUAACAUUGGCUUCUCCAAAUCCGUUAACAGGCCAAUAAGACUGUGACAGUUGCCAACUAAACACUACACUGAUGAAAAACACACUUUCCAGUUCGAAAUCACAGAAUUUAUUCCAAAACAUUGAGUUACCACAGUUCAGCGACACAACUGGCUAUUGACACUUGCACUAAAGAUGCCGUAGACCUCCAGUAGUAGACAUGUUAUAAAAAAAUUGGGGAUUUACCUGAUGUAACAAAUCAAAUCUCACAUUUUUCCAUUGGACCCAUCCACAACGAAAGACAACACAGAGGUCCAACACCAAAGCGAUAUAAUGAAAGUUUGUUGGGCUAGCAAGCGGCUGCAUUUAUUCUAAUUUAUAUUCAAUUACAAUCUUUAGUAAAUACAUGCAAAUAUUAGAUGAAUAAAUUCUUAUAAUUAAUAUAUUGAGUAUAAACUUAGAAAAUAGAGAAAGUUACAUACCUGAUCAGUCAAACUUUUCCAUGUUUGUUAUUGUGUAAGACAACGCUAGUUUUAUGUCGCUCUUGCUGUCUUACAAUGUAAUAUGGAUAUAUUUUAUUCAAAUUCUCAUAAUGAAGAUGUUCAUCUUUGAAUUUGAAAGUCUUUUUAGAAUCUUCAGAGGAUUCUGACUGAUAUUUUCUCCCACUUUAUUGCUGGCAGUUAUAAUAUUUUCCAUUGUCUUAUUUAAAUUUAGUUACUUCAAUUUCCGUCUCAAAUAAGCUUAGGUCAGUUUUUUUUUAUUUGUUUAUUUAUGUGUAGUUCAUAAUUUUUAUGAAAGGGCUCCUUGGUUUUGUAUGUAGUUUUAUUAUGUUCACUUGAGAAUGUUGGGGCAUUAUUAGAAGCUUGUCUUGUUUUUUUUUUAUGUUUCUUUUUGAUGCAGCCAAAUUUGUGCAGAACUAUGCUGUAUGCAAGAGUGAACUUUUAAUACAGCAUUUUCAUUUCUGAACUCGAUAUGGAGGAGAAAGUUGGCACUGUGGUGCAACAGGUGAGUAAAGUUGAAAGGUAAAUAAGAGAAGUGAUGUGAGGUGUUAUAUCACGAGUACAGGGACGGGUCAUGCUCACUGUGGGACUGGGCAGCUUGACUCUGUUGCACAUGAGUGUGGCAGGAGUUAACAAACAUUUACAAGUUUGACAACUGUUUCACAACAGAGUUUGAAAUGCCGCUUCUUGUGCACUUCAGUUACUGGGUCAAUAUAGCAAUUUGCACAAACAGUGUUACCCUGUGUUAAAGUAAAGGUAGAGUUAAGACUGUACACAGUAGACACUCGAGAGGAAGACAAAAGUUAUGUAAAAUAAUGACAACAAACGACAACGGGAUCCAUCAUAAAAACCUCAGAGGUUGGAUAAAUAUUUUCCUUGACCAAAUAUUGGACUAAAGGUGUGUCUUCCAAUUACUGUGCAGACGUCAACACAGUGCCUCCCAUGUUCACCACUGUGCCUCAGUCCAAAACAAACACAAACUAAUUCAAGUAAUUCCCAAAUACUUCACAUGACACAACUUUGAAAAAAAGCAAUACUUAUUCCAUUGGAACGUGCGCUACUGAAAUCCAACAUUGCUACAAAUGAGUAUUCAUACAUUUGCAUUUGAAUUGUGAGUCACUAAUUGGUGUCACUGAUGCAAAAAUAUGUUUUUAAACAAAUGUAAUGGGGAAUGUCAUGGACCAAGGUGCAAAUGGGCGCAGAAAAGCUGAAAUGUUUAAGCUAUAUGAUAAUAUGUUUUUAAAUUGUGGGGGACCGUUGAUUGGAUCACAGAAAAAAAGCUAUUAGUAAAUUAAUCUGGGUGGACUUGCAGUGAUCAAUAAACACCCCCCUGCAGGAGACGUGCAUUUGGUUGAGGAAUGGAGUUCAUCAGGUGAACAUCAUUUGACCUCUGACUGAUUUAUAAAGUUGCUUCCAGUGGAGUCAAUUAAAACAUUGUAAUGACCUCUGAUAUUUCAUAUUUGUAAUUGAUCACUUCAUACAGGAUCAUCAUGUAUGUAACGGAUAUGUCCUACAUUUUUGAACAGAUUGGGAUCGUCAGAGACCAUUGUCUGAUUCCAUGUCCAGACAGAAAACUGGUACUGUACUGCUGCACUGUAUUGUAAAUUGGAUUAAAUAUAUUGUUUCUGAUUUGAUGACAUUGUACAGUGUGAUACCUCCUGUAUCGAGAGCCUAUUAAAUGGUGGUUUUCAGAUUUUU